CCCAUCUAUCCGCACAGGUGCAGCCCCAAGAACAAACUGUUGAUGUAGGAAAAAUAGCCACUUUCAAUUGCUCAUUCUCUGGUUUCCCAGUAGAUAUUGUUAAGUGGUACAAAGAUGGAGAGCCUUUGUAUCUGGAGAACAUUAGAAUUCAAAAGUUGUCAAAGUUUUCUGUGUCAUUCAAUCCCGUUCAAAGGGAAGACAAGGGCAUGUAUCAAUGUGUUGUGUCCAAUGACCAGGAUUCUGCUCAGGGAACUGCUCAGCUUGUGUUAGGUGAUGCCGAGCCUGUUUUUCAUUUUGUAUUUUCUAAGAAAACACUUCAACCGAAGUCAUUCCAUUCACUAAAAUGUGCUGCUUCCGGCAAUCCGCUGCCUCAAAUAACAUGGACACUAGAUGGCGCGCCUCUCCGAGAAAGUCAAAGUCAUCGAGCGGGCGACUAUAUCACACGCCAGGGUUUAGUGGUGAGUUAUGUGAACAUAACUUCUGUAGCAGUGCAAGAUGGUGGCGAGUACAAGUGUCGAGCGACCAACUCGGCUGGCAGUGUGGCUCAUGCGGCUAGAGUCAACGUCUACGGCCUGCCUUUCAUCCGUCCAAUGAGAGAUGUGUCAGCUGUCGCAGGGGAGAAUCUUCAUCUCCGUUGCCAGGCAGCUGGAUAUCCAAUCAACUCAAUUACAUGGUACAAAGGUCGUAUGAAACUGCCUAUCAAUCUGCGACAAGAGGUCUUUACUAACGGGACUUUACUGAUUCGUGACGUCAGCCGGGAGCUGGACGAUGGUCUCUACACCUGUCGUGCGACCAAUGACAAUGGUCAGAGUGAUAGUGGGACUGUUCGAGUUACUGUUAUGGUACGUCCUGUGAUCGACCCCUUUUCCUUUCCGAGAAACAUCCAGGAAGGCAUGCGGGCGAGACUGGUGUGUACGGUGAUCAAAGGCGAUCCACCGCUAAGCAUUCAGUGGUACAAGGACGGACAACCGUUGGAACAAGGCUUGAAUGGGAAAAGAACUAAGGACGAUUUUUCAAGCGAUUUGUUUUUUUCUAAUGUUCAAACUCAUCACAAUGGAAACUAUACUUGCAAGGUCAACAACGCAGCGGCGUCUGUCAGUCACAGUGCUGUGCUGGUGGUGGACGUACCACCGAAGUGGGAUGUGGAGCCGAGAGACACAGCAGUUGUUGCGGGCCAGAACGUCAGGAUAGAUUGCCUAGCCAGUGGCUUUCCCUCACCCGUGGUGACGUGGGAGCGAAAAACUG